AUGGAAUUAUAUGAAAUGUUACCUGAUUCAUUAUUAAAUCGAACACAAAUAUGUCAAAUAAAUUGCACACAAAAUCAAACAAUGUUAGAUAAUUUUAAGAAAAUUUCUGGAUGUAUAAAAGAUCAUUUUAAAAUAUGUGAAGGUUAUUUAAGUAUGGAUUUUAAUACACAAUUAGUUUCAUAUAGUUUGACAACUGCUGAUGCAAUUGACAUUGUUAAUGAAAAUUCUUCAUUAAUGCGAGCUGAUUUAGUAACGAAUUAUUUAUCUUAUAUUAAAACUAAUAUAACAGCAAUAAGAUUUCGACAAUUAAAAAUGAAAUUUUCAAAAAUAAAUCCUCAUCGACUUAAUAUUAAUUAUUUUUGUCGAACACAAAUUGAUGAUUGUGCUUAUCAAGAAAUUGAAACAAUCUAUCCAGUAUACAUAGCAAAUCAGCAUAUGUUAAAACGUAUUCAACCAAUAUUUUAUGAUUUAUCAAUAUCUUAUGGUACAAAAAUCGAAUGUAUGAAUGAUAUAUCAAAUGAAACGCCAAUUUUAUGUUCAGGCUAUUGUACAUUAACAUUAGAUUUUCAUACAAUGACUAAAGGUUGCAAUGAAACAUUAUCAUCAGAUGCAUUAGGUAUCAAUAUGUCAUUUGGUUUAGCUUAUCCUAAUAAUCCAAAAUUUACUGCUCAAGUAUCUAGUCUUGUACUUGUAUGUAAUAAACCAAAUUGUAAUAGUAAUACAUCAAUAACAAAAGUCAUAGCUAUUACUAAUGCUUUUCUUACAGCUCAAUCUAUUAGCUAA